GAAACAAUUAAAAUUAAUUUACUGCAAUAAGUUUUCUGUAAUUUUAAUUCGAAUGACGUCAUAGAUCAGAAAAAAUUAAAAGCCCAGCAGGUGAAAUUUAAAUGGCGGAUAGCGUCACAGAAGAUGGAAUAAUAAUAAGAUUUACGGCGUAAAAUUAUUGUCAAAAUGGAGAGUGGAAGUCCGGGAAAUGAAACUGCUACAAAGCCGCUAAUACAUCCUGGAGGAAUAUGGUCUUCCUCGGAUCCAUCUUUAAGAACAAAUGUUGCUGAAGCACACGAUUCUACAAACAACUCACAAUUUUUGUUUAUUGCUGUCGAGUAUGUUAAUGAUGGGCAUGUUGAUUACAGCAACAUAAAUACGGCUCCAAACUUUACACCAAAUCAAGAAUUUUCUGAAUUAAGUGAUCACUUAAACCCCUUAGAUUCAACAUUAAAUACACAAAAUGAAUAUUCUUUCAUAAACAACGAAUCACAUUUAAAUAAUUCAACAACUUUUAAUCAAAAUUCAAUUGUAAUUUUACCAAAUAACUCGGAACAACAAAAUGGAUUUUCUUUAAAUUCCGUGGAUGGUAAUAUGGAUUUAUUACGACAAGUUGUGACCAACAGAUUAUGUCGACAAAUUGAAAACAGUAUUGAUUUAAAACAAGAAAGUGAUUCUGUUGAAUUAUUAAUUACAAAUCAAAAUGCUGGCUUAUCCUACUCCUUAAAUUCAGAUACAACGAAUAUACCAAAACAAAAUGAUAUUAUGUUAAAUAAUUUAGAUACGAAUAACAGUGAUCGAAUUUUAGAAUCUGAAGGUCUAGUUUUAGAUUCCAAUCAUUUAAUAUCGUUAGAUGAACACGUUUUAAUGGAUAAUGGUACUUUAGUUUUGAAAUCUGAUUUAAAUUCAGAAUUAAAUAAUGUAGUUCAACACAUUGAUUUGAAUCAUUUGGAGACAAAUAUUUCUCAAACUAUUGAUGAAAAUUAUAAAGCAAUUGAAGAUUCGUAUAUGGAGGAACAUAUUGAAAAUAAUGAGGAAGUUCCAAAUGAAAACACAGAAAAAACAACGAAUUUUGAACAACCUAUGGAAUUAAAAAUUGAAGAGAAUGAUUAUGUUAAAAAUGAAGAAGUCGCUGCAGAAGAAACACAAGUUAGACGUUCAAAACGUCAUCAGUAUGAUGGCAAAGAAUUCGAUGACGAUGACGAUGGUGACUUAUUUACAGAUUGCCAAGAUUGUAUUAUGGGAAGUUCUCUUAUUUUGAUGUGUGAUCGUCAUCGAAUGCUAAGUAUUUCGGAUAAACCGGUGCCUUCUAGAGCACGAGCAACACUUCCAGGAGUUUAUUUAUCAAUAAAUAAAGUUGGUACAAAUGAAAAAGGCGAACCAAUUUUUGGAGUAUUUAGCCGUAAAUUUAUACCUAAACGAACACAGUUCGGCCCAAUUGAAGGAGUGGUUUCUAAAUAUUCAACUACGGACGUGCAGAGCUACAAUAAUAUUGAAUUAAUUUUAGAAAAUGAAUCUGGAGAAAUGCAUAAAAUGGAUACGAGCAAUGAAGAUCUGUCAAAUUGGAUGCGUUUUGUACGCAAAGCUGAAAAGUUUAAGGAGCAAAAUUUGGUGUUAAAUCAAAUGGGACCAUCUCUAUAUUAUAUUUCUACUUGUAAUAUUCUUCCCCGUCAAGAAUUAAUGGUUGGUUAUAGUGCUGUGUAUGCGGAAAAAAGAAGCCUACCCGUGUUAACAAAUGAGCCUAAUGAAGAAGACUGGCCAUGCUUUGAAUGUGAUUCAAUGUUUGUAUCUUUUGAUGAAUUAGAUAAACAUUUGAGCAGCGUUCAUGGAAGUGAAAAUAGUGCAGAAAAACGUAUAUCAAGAAUGAAACGUAGUAAGAAAAAACGUUUGGAAUUAAACACGAAAAAAGUUUCCAAAGAAAAAUCAUGGACAUGGCAAGAUAAUUCAUCAAAAUCUGUUAAAAACGUAGAUUCAGAUAAUAACGGGAUUGUAUCUUCUACGGAAAAGGAUCCGUUAUCUGAAAAAGAAAAUGAGGAAAAAAUUUUCUACACCUGCAAGGAUUGUAAAAAGGUUUUUGAACUUGCAAUAUUAUUAGAAAUACAUAGUUAUAUACACACCUCUAAAGGUGUUGUUGAUUCAUCGGUGACAUCAUCGUCAGAUGAACAACAUAUAUGUCCAGAAUGCGAUGUAAUAUUUUCAUCGAGAAGUAACUUAGCAUACCAUGUUAACGAUCAUCAAGUUCGUACAGCGAAAAUCAAAUGUAAUAUAUGUUAUAAAUCGUUUGCUUCCAAAGAACGUGUCCAACGACAUAUGCUAGUACAUGGUCCACAAAAACUGAAACCAUUACAAUGCAAUAUGUGUACAAAACGAUUUUUAAACAAUUCUGCGCUAACUUGUCAUAUUAAAGCACAUUCUAAAAUUACAUUUGAAUGUCCCAUUUGUAAAGAGGUUGUUGAUCACGUUUUAAGCCACAAAGAACAUGUGCGAAGUCAUUGUCUCAAUGGUGUUUAUUCAUGUCCUCAUUGUAAAAAGGAAUUUAAAGAAUACAGUGUUAUUCGUAAACACAUAAGAGCAUUUCAUUGUGAUCGUAAACAUGCAUGCUUAUACUGUAACAAAUUAUUUCCAACUACCGAUAAAUUACGAAUGCAUUUAUUAAAACAUUCAGACCACAGAGAAUUUUUAUGUGCUGAAUGUGGCAAACAAUUUAAACGAAAAGACAAACUUAAAGAGCACACAAAACGUAUGCAUUCGGGUAAAGAAAAAAAUGAUACACAAGUUAUGGUCCUAAUGGAUAAUAAACAAGACGAAGCAAAUCAUACAUCAUCCAAACGUUUUAUGCCGAAAGUUUCACCGACCGAUUAUCAUCGAUUUAUUUAUAAAUGUCAUACAUGUAUGGUUGGAUUCAAACGUCGUGGAAUGUUGGUUAAUCAUUUAGCUAAACGACAUCCAGAUAUUCGACCAGAUUCGGUCCCCGAAUUGAAUUUACCAAUAUUGAGAACCACACGUGAUUAUUAUUGUCAAUAUUGUGAGAAAGUUUACAAAAGUAGUUCGAAGCGUAAAGCUCAUAUUUUAAAAAAUCAUCCCGGUUUGGAAUUACCUUUAAGUCGGUGUAAAGAUGCAGCAGAUAUUUCAGGCAUGUUGAAUCCAACUUUUUCACAAACUGUUGGUAGUGUUACAACAAAUCCACAUAAUUGUCAAUGGUGUCACAAACAAUAUGCGAGUAAAGCUAAAUUAUUGCAACAUCAACGAAAUAAACAUUCUGAUUUAUUAAAUAAUGAGUCUAAAGGUAAUUCACGAGUGUCGACUUCUGAAGAUGUACCAGAUCCAAUACUUACUGGAAAAACUGCUGCUGGUAACACUAGUAUGAAUUCCGACAAAAUAAAUGUAAUUGAAAAUGAAAAUAAUAAAAAUUUAGAAACAGAAAAUAAAAAUUCAACCAACGAUAUUCCUUCGGAGUUUUUAAAUACUGAUGGAUUUGAUACAACGGGUAUUUUAUUGAAUUCUAAAGAUAAGAUUGAUGAACAAUUUUCUCGAGAAAUGUUAACUGAAGCGGGAAACAAUAUUCAUGGCGAAUUUCGUAUUUCACAAAAUGGUCAAUGUUAUCGUUUGGUACCAGUAUCCAAUGAUCAAGAUUCUGUAAUUCCUGUUGGUGAUUCUGUACUACGCGCCUUGUUAACUACAACCACACCAGUUAUGAAUCGAGGUUGGUCUGAUACUACACCUUUCACGUCAUAUAUUCCACCACGUUGACAAAAAUUUAAUGUAGGUAUUGAUUUAAAAAUGGAAAUUUUGUGAAUUGUCAUUGUAACAAUUUAAUAAUUUACCGUUUGGAAAAACAAAAUAAAACAAAUGGUAUUUGUUGUCUGUACCUCAAUUGAUUAUGAUGAGGGUUUAUAAAACGCCACGUGUCGUUAAAGAUGGAAUUUAACGACUUAGGGAAUUUUCAAUAAGUAUUUAUUGAAGUUGCAUAGUUUUGUGGUAUUGGUAAACGAAAAGAAUACACAUCUUAAAUAUUAACUACGAGAUAUUCAAAUAUUUUAGUAGUAACUUUGUCUUUAGCCUUCCAAAAAGCAACAGGAUUGUAUUUAUUUAGAAAAAAAUGUA